AUGUUGUCCUUCUGGGAUUCUGAAGCCAUAGGCACAACAACAUCUGAAAUUAAUGACGUAGUAUAUGAGAACUUUAAAAAGGAAAUUCAAUUUAAUGAACAUUCUAAACGUUAUGAAGUUAGUUUACCAUUUAAAAUAAACCAUGAUUUAAUUAGUGAUAACUAUACUUAUUGUAUCAAACGUUUGGCACCUGUACUCAAAAAGCUUAGUAAAGACAAUAAACUACUUAUGAGUUACAAUUCAAUUAUUAAAGAACAAUUGUGUCAAGGUGUUAUUGAAGAAGUAAAUAAUCAUAAAAUUAAAUUUGGUAAUGUGCAUUAUCUACCACAUCGACCUGUGGUUAGAGAUGAUAAAUCAACUACUAAAGUACGCAUGGUAUUCGAUGCUAGUGCAUCUAUUGAUGGGCCAUCAUUAAAUGAUUGUUUGAAUGCAGGUCCAAGCUUGACAACUUCUUUGUUUGGUGUACUAUUGCGAUUUCGAUGCUACAAAUAUGCAUUUAUCUCUGACAUUGAAAAAGCAUUUUUACAAAUAUCCUUAAAAGAUGCAGAUCGUGAUUUUGUUCAAUUUUUAUGGGUCAAAAAUGUUGAUACAGUUAAUAGUGAAAAUAUUUUAUCCUCUCAAAUUGCUACAUAUUGUUUAUGCAGAGUUUUAUUCGGCGUAACUUCGUCGCCCUUUUUACUUAGCGCAACAUUAGCUACUCACCUGCAAAAACAUGUUAAAGCUGAUCCAGAUUUUGUUAAAAAGAUGAUGUUAGCAUUGCAUGUUGAUGAUUUAAACUCUGGUAGUAAUGAUUUAAAUCAAUGCAUAAACUUUUUUACUAAAGCUAGAGAUUGCUUACACGAAGCAAAUUUUAAUCUUAGAAAGUUUGAAUCAAACUCGAUGAAGCUUGAACAGAAGAUUCAGCCACUUAAUUAUAAACGAAUGACUGAAACUAAAGUACUUGGUCAAUCAUGGGAUAAGGAUUCUGACGAGUUUACCUAUUCAUUUAAUGGUAUUACUUCACACUAUAAACAUAUUUGUUCAAAAAGAAAUGUUAUGAAAUUUAUUGCUAGUCUUUUUGAUCCUAUGGGACUUAUUAACCCAGUAAUUGUACGAUGUAAGUGCUUGUUUCAGAAGUUAUGUAUUGCGAAAUAUUCUUGGGAUGAUUUGAUGUCUGGUGAUAUUUUAGAGGAGUGGCAUGAUAUUAUAUUUGAUUUUUGUUCUUUAAACAAAGAACUUUACCUCGUUGGAUUUUGUCGGAUUCUUACUUAUCCAAUACUAAUGUUAAACUUGAACUUCAUGCCUUUGCUGAUGCAAGCCUUAAAGCCUUUGGUACUUGUAUAUAUCUUAGAUGUAUUAUAA